UGCUGUAUAGGGAGGGUGUUGUCAUUUUAUACCAACUGACAGUGGAAAUAAGAUCAGGAAUCUAACCCCUAUGAUUACUCUAUCAGCCAGCACAAAGACUGUGAACAAGGACAGUAGUGCUGCUUACAACAGUCUUGCCUGGCCUUGGUCUUGAAGCGAGGGUUGCUGUAGCUUAUACUACUGUGUCCCCAGCAGCCAGCCUCUCAUAGUACAGUACCUCCCCACCCUAGAGCUUCUGCUGCUCUCUGGCCACCAAUCAGGAAGUUGUCUGGGUAAGGGACUAUCUACUAUGAGAGAGGAGGGUGAUAGAGUUGAAGUGUCUCAUUGUCAGCCGGCACAGCGAGACAUGAAAUUGGGUGGAAGCUGCAGGGCAGCAGAUGAGGGAAGUCCAGUACAUGUACAGACGGAUAAUAACAACAAGUGUUCCAUCGUUGCCGGACCACAGACAGAUAAACUGAUCAGAGAGAGGGUCACAUCUCCAGGUGUACCUCCUAAACACUGUGAUAAGCUCAGGGCAGGGCUUCCUUCGGAGACAUCCAAACUUCUUAAGGACAUACUACAGCAGAAAGACAAAAAACUUCGCGAAAACAACAACAGCUUGAAGAGUUUUAUGGUGAGCCGUGACGGUCAGGAUAACAGUGAUUUGAUAGCUCAGCUGCUGAAGAACAACCCUGGUUCUCACAGCCACUCAUCCAUGAUGGAGGAGAGGGAAAGCCUGAGACUUGGUACCCAGGUGGAGAGCGAGAGUGACUCGGAUAGGGACAGCUACACAGAAACCUGCCGAUUUAACGGUGACGAGGAUUUGGGUGACACCAUGGACUCUGAGAUUAAGGAUGGAAGCUGUGAAGACAAACAUUGGAGUUCUGAUAACUAUGACUUGAUGGGACAGUCAGGCAAGGAUGGAGACAGUAUGGAGGCAAAAAGGGCAAGGGUGGAAAAUAUCAUCACCAGUAUGCGUCCCUCACCCUCGGGCUUAGGGGGUGAAGUGGGAUCUCAGCUGUCACCAGACAUGAGGAGACCGAAACGCAAACAGUACCAACCACAGCAGCACGACUCCAAAUAUGUCCCACACUCUUCGAGUAAAUAUCGCAAACAAGAGGAGAGGGAUAAGCUCAAGGAACAGUUAGAGUUUGUACAAAAAACAUUACAACAAAUGCAAAAACAGUAUGUGGAUUUAUUCGAUGAGGAAGAGAAGGAAAUUGCCCAGUCAGACGUGAAAUCGAGCAGAGACAGUAAGUACUUUGACUUCUUAUCAGAUAAGUUAUGUAAUAGAAAAGAGGAAGCCGUGGUGUGCAAAAAUUUGAAUUUUAAACCUUCAGAAGUUGAGAGUAGUGCUGCGGUCAAGCAAACAGCCAGAUCAAACUUUACUCAGGACUCAGGACAAAAUACAAAAGACUCUGGAGAUAUGUUAGAAAAGGACAAUUUUACUGAGUUUGCCAGUUUGCUUAAAUACAAAAUAGCUGAUGCUGUGGCAAGUGCUAUUGAUGGUGUCAUGACAAAGUUCAGCCACACCCAAGUGAAGCCCAAGAAAAAUGAGAUUCUUAGCCCUGCUAAUGCUGAAGUGGUGGAAAAGGAAAAUAAGCCAGUACAUGUGUCCCCCCGCCCCACGGAAGUGCUCCCCCAGCUUACAGAAGACUCUUGUCCCGUCUCAAAUCUUAAAGAAAAAGAACAGAAUUCCAAUAAGACACCAAAAGUUAGCGACAAAUCAGAGAGAUUGGAGAAAUUUGACAGGUUUGACCACAAGUCCUUCUUGGAUUCGCCCAUAAGAAGUUUUAUGGACUUGCCACGAGGGCACCAUCACCCCCACUUGCCAGCCUACCCUUCCAUGCCCUUUUACUUGCCCACCCAAGUCCACCACCCAAACCCGCUUGUGUUUGGGGUGGAACCAGAGCAGACAGAAGCGUUGCCCUUAGUGGUCAACACACCCAAGAAGAAAAGAACGAAGGUGACCGACACCCGCCUGUCGCCCCGCGCUGCCCGUGUCUUGCUGCAGGAGAGUGUCCCCGUGAGUAGCCACAGCGACAUGGGACUGGGACGCCACUCUCCCUCCUCUUAUCCUCACAUGUUCCCCAUGCUACCCACAUCUGUGGCCAUCCCUAACCCAGGCCUACAGCACUCAGACUUUAUGAGGUUCUACGAGGAACAGGUCUUCAACAACCACCACCACGAAGGCCCCCAGUCCACCACCCAUUCGCCCCUCCAUGCAGACCAGGGCUCACCAGGUGCCAGCCACAUAUCCGCCUCCGAGGGGGCGCACCUGUCCAAUGGCAAGCGUGAGCGGGACUCCUACAGUCCAGGAGAUUCAUCUUAUGACUCCUUCCACAUGACCAGUACUCUCACACCAAUGCACCUACGCAAGGCCAAGCUGAUGUUUUUCUUUGUCCGGUACCCAAGCUCGGCCAUUUUGAAGAUGUACUUCCCUGACAUCAAAUUCAACAAGAACAACACAGCACAGCUUGUCAAGUGGUUCAGUAACUUUAGAGAGUUUUACUACAUCCAAAUGGAGAAGUAUUCUCGUCAAGCUCUGGCUGAGGGAGUCAAGAAUUCUGAGGAUCUGAUUGUCACCACAGACUCCGAGUUGUACAGAGUGCUGAAUCUCCAUUAUAAUAGAAACAAUCAGCUUGAGGUCCCAGAGUCAUUCCGUGGAGUGGUUCAGUCCACACUUCGAGAAUUUUUCAAAGCCAUUUGUUCAGGAAAGGAUCAGGAACAGUCCUGGAAGAAAGCCAUCUACAAAGUCAUCGCUCGCAUGGACGAUGCCCUCCCCGAAUAUUUCAAGUCUCCCAACUGGAUGGAGCAAUUGGGAGAAAUGUGAACAAGAAGCAGAAGAAAACCAGCUGCUGUUCAUCAAGCAGCUGCGAAUGCAAUUUUGUGCUAGUCAGACUAUUUUAACUUUGUGCAAUGUGAGCGAGGUGUUUUUGAAGGAGGAACUCUGGCCUGAUGAAACAGAUGAAACACAGGACAAUGUUGCCUGUCACAGACUUACGCAGAAAAUAUUGUGCUGAAGGACUUAAGAAUACAUGUACCUCAUGUAUAUGCCUGUUUCUGGACGGACUGUCUAACUCUGACUCCCAACAAUUCAUCAAAUACUUGCUCUUCAUCUCUGAGAAAUUUGCCUGUCUUGCUGCAUGGAUAGACAAUUAUGUACAGUACAUACAUAUUAAAUAUAUACAUAUAUAUAUAUAUAGAAGCCCUUGUAUGUGUUAAAUGCAGAAAUGGGUCUUAUGUAUGUAUCUAAGAUGAAAUGAAGGAAUCUUUCACAGAUUUUAUCAUCUAUCAGUUUAACAUUGCUGCCUUAUUCCGUUUUCUGUAGCAUUUGUAAGCAUUCCAUGUUUGUACAAAUAACCAUGUAUAUUCAUUCGCUGCCAAUGGUUUUGACAUGUUACCAUAUUUCCGUUUUGGCCUAUAAUCAGGCUAGUCAACUCAAGUCUUGGUGAAUGUUGUUAUCAGCAGAUUUUCCUCAACCAUUCCACUUGGAUGCAAAUUAUGAAAAUUUAUAUGUGAAAAUUUUAUCGUAUAUGUAUACCAUGGGGCCAGAAUUGCCUUUUUAUGCUGUAUGACUUUGACUAUUUUGUAAAUAGAUUUUCACUUUAAAUCAAAAAUAACUUUAGGAGUAUUAUAUAUCAUUUAGUCACGAUUAUAUGAGGGGUUUUGCUGUUGAGAAAACAGAAAGUAUGCCCAGUGUUUGUUGAUAAUGGUGACUUAUUUGUGCUUGUAUUUAUUUCUUUUCAAAGGACAGAAUUGGGGUGGGGCAUCUUCUCAAACUGUCUCAUACCAUCAUUCCAAGGAAAGGAUAUCUUGUAAAUAAUUUAUUAUUUAGUUUUUGAACCUACAAAAGGGUACGAUCGCACUACCAGGUACAUAUUUAUGUUUUUUUCCAUUGAACAGAACAAGUAAACAUAAUAAGUUAUGGGCCGAAUGAUAAAUUGUCAUAGAAACAUUAACAAUUUCUCACAGUCGUAGAGUUGUGUUAUGCAUAACAACUCCGUUUCAGGACCAUAGCUUAAUAUAUGCAGUUGAAUUCCCAGGAAACUUUUUUUUGCCUUUUUGUGUUAUCUU